AUGACUAAGAUUCGCUGUCUGACGCAAAGGCCGAAACACGAGUCUGAUCGGCAGAUUCCUCUGUUUUCUGUCGAGAUCGAAUCGGACCUCGUUGAGCUCUCUUCGCAGUCCGUAUGGGGCCCAGAUGCCGCACUGCUCAACAUCGAUGGUUUCGAUAUUGAGUCUAACAGCAGCAAUUCUGGUCUUUACGUUAAAUGGGUUUGCUAUCUUGUCCAGUACGUAGAGAGCUGUAGGGAUCGAAUCCCCUGGAGGGCCGUCAUGAAAUCGCACAUGUGGAUCUACCCGAAUGAAUUGGUCUGA